UUCCCCAAUUUGCCGUCACUUAAAAUCCUUGACUGCUUUACAUCGCCCAUACUUCGACACAAUUACACGAGAGCGAAAACAGAAAGAUUUGUCCAAAAAUGAGAGCCUCAAAAAUCACUGCUCUUCUCUUCGUUGUAUCUGCAAUAAUCUUGGCUGUCUACGUGGCUACCUCAUCGGCAUCAGCCAUGGAUGUCAAUGCGGGUCUCCAGCUGGGUUUCAUUCCAGUGAAACCGGAGUGCACUGGAUCCAUCGGAGAGUGUAUGACUGUCGGCGAGGAGGACUUCGAUUUGGAGUUUGACAUGGACACUGAGAUCAACCGUCGGAUUUUAGCGGCGAGGAGGUACAUAAGCUACGGUGCGCUGAGGGCGAACACUGUGCCAUGCUCGCGACGUGGCGCAUCCUACUACAACUGUCGAGCCGGCGGUCAGGCCAACCCAUACUCGCGCGGAUGCAGUGCCAUCACUCGUUGCAGGCGUUAAAAUUUUUAAUUUUCCAUGUUGUCUUUUAAAAAUAAAUUUCAAUUUUAGUUCUUUUUUUAAAUUAUUAA